AUGGCAUCUGGAUUGGUGAGGCUGUUCCUGCAGGGGCCUCCCCGCCUCCGGGCACCGGCUGCCCCCACAUUAACGCCACCGGUUCGGGGCGUGAAGAAGGGAUUCCGCGCCGCUUUCCGCUUCCAGAAGGAGUUGGAGCGGUGGCGCUUGCUCCGGAACCCGCCACCGCCAGUGCGCCGUUCAGAGAAGCCCAACUGGGAUUAUCAUGCUGAAAUACAAGCAUUUGGACCUCGGUUACAGGAAACCUUUUCCUUAGAUCUUCUGAAAACUGCAUUUGUUAAUAGUUGUUAUAUUAAAAACGAGGAGGCCAAACGCCAGCAACUUGGGAUAGAGAAAGAAGCUGUUCUUCUGAAUCUUAAAGAUAACCAAGAGCUGUCUGAACAAGGGACAUCUUUUUCACAAACUUGUCUCAUGCAACUUCUUGAAGAUGCAUUCCCAGACUUGCCCCCUGAAGGCAUCAGAAGUCUUGUUGACUUUCUCACUGGUGAAGAAGUCGUGUGUCAUGUGGCCAGAAACUUGGCCGUGGAGCAGUUAACCCUGAGUGCCGAAUUCCCAGUGCCCCCGACUGUCCUGAAGCACACUUUCUUUGCCGUCGUUGGAGCCUUGCUGCAGGGCAGUGGACCUCAGAGGACUGCGCUUUUCCUCAGGGAUUUCUUAAUUCCUCAGAUGACUGGAAAAGAGCUCUUUGAGAUUUGGAAGAUAAGAAACCCUAUGGGGCUGCUGGUGGAAGAAUUAAAGAAAAGGAAUGUUCCUGCUCCUGAAUCUAGACUCACCAGGCAGUCUGGAUGUACCACAGCUCUGCCGUUAUAUUUUGUUGGUUUAUACUGUGAUAAGAAGUUGCUUGCUGAAGCACCUGGGGAAACAGUAUUGGUUGCAGAAGAAGAAGCCGCUCGCGUGGCCCUCCGGAAACUGUUUGGCUUCACUGAGAACAGACGACCCUGGGACUACACCAGGCCCAAAGAGACGCUGAGAGCCGAGAAGACCAUUGCUGCUAGCUAG